AUGUUCAAAAGGAAACCCGAGAUCAAGAAUCUGGCGCCAUUGCGUUCCUCUGACCGCCGGAAACUCGCGGAUCAGAUCAUUCGAGACUACCAGGUUUCCAUCCCCAAUAAGCCGGCCGGAGAGGAUGCAUCAUCGAGCACACAGCCAACCUUGGCUUCACUUCGCAACUCCCUUCUGCCAGAGUCCACCUCUUCUGCUCGCUUCACAACCAUCUCGGGGCAAGUCUCAGCAGCGGUAGGCGGUACCGUCUACAUUGGCGCGCACCCCGGACAAGAUGAGAGAAUACUCUGGUUUCAGUCGGGGAAAAACCCGAGGCUGAUACCAACUGUCUACACGCUUUGGCAUCACCCCAACCUUGUCCCGCUUCUGCAUACCCCGGAAUAUGUCCUAGAGGAAAAGUUAAAGCACGGUGCAGACUUGAUGAUCCCAGGCUUGGUGAAAGACAAGAACACCGGGUGGGAUCCACGAGCAAGCACUGGUUCCGUCGUCGCCGUCGCCGGCUUACAAAACGACACUGUGCCGUUAUGGAUCGGAACCUGCCAGUUGGACGUGCGAAAUCUCCCCGACGAUGUCCGAGGGCAGAAGGGCGCCGCAGUUAAAGCCCUUCAUUGGGCGGGAGAUGAAUGCUGGAGUUGGAGAGUCCUCGGCAGUGGAGGGCAGGAUCCGCCACAAAGCUUGGAAGGCUGGACAGGAUUGACGACACGACUCGCCGAGGGCAUUCAACAAGCAUCGCUUGACAAUGGGAAAGACGACGAGGAAGGCGCUGCAUUGAACAAGGAUGGCAAGCAACCAGAUAUGCCCGACGAAGGGGAAGAAGAGCAAGAACCGUCAACCAAAGAGAUCGAUGAAGCGUUUCAUCAAGCCUUCCUCUUUGCAGUUCACAAGGCAAAGAUGAACAACUCGAAACCAAACUUUGGCCUGGAUUUCCCGAUCCAACCAUCGUUUCUCAUAUCGAACAUGAUCCAGCCACACCUCCGGUCUCAGAACCAGCGCCAUUACACCAUCAAGAAGACGUCAUGGAAGAACACAAAGAAGUUUAUCAAACAUUUGGAAAAGCUCCGCUUGUUGAGAUCCAAGGACCGUAACGGUGGUGAGACGGUCAUUCUUGAUAUCGAAUUUGACCACGAGGAAGUUGUAGGUUUCAGGCCUUAUAAACUACCAACUCCAAAGCCGGCCGGCACGGAAGCAGGUAGCGGGGAACAAGCCGAUGGACAGUCUUCUUCAUCUAAUGACCAGUCUCUGGGGCAGAAGCUCAACAUUCAGAUCGUCUAUCGUGCGUCUCCAAAGCUAGUGCCGACCCUCCUGCCUUCCAAGACCGAGUUCUACAGCGCAUCUCAAGUUACGGCUGCUUUGAAGUCAUACAUCGAGCAACACCCGGACGUGGGAGGACAGGGAGGCUCAACCCUUAAGCUUGAUCCUUUUCUUGCCAACGAUAUUUUGGGCUCCAACCCGAAACAUGAUGACAGCAGCUUCCUUGCAGCGGGACGCAUCUCUCGAAGCGCGCUACAGAAACGCAUACUGGAUGACACUCACCUCUGCCAGCCCUACCAUAUUAUUUCAGGUGGUCAAGCUGCAUCUGAGCAGAAGCCUAAAGCAGGACCCCCACCCCACGUUCACAUCACCAUCGAAAAGCGAACUGGCACCAAGGUCGUCACUAAGAUUUCCAAUCUCGAGCCCUUCUUGAUCGAUCCGCAGCUACUUGCGCCAGAGCUGCAGAAGAAAUGUGCAGGGUCGGCAAGCGUGGGACAAGCCAGCGGCGCUAAACCUGGCCUGCUAGAAGUCGUUGUUCAGGGCGACCAGCGGAAAGUGCUUGUUGGAGAUAUCUUGUCCAGAAGGGGGAUCGACGCCAAAUGGGUGGAUAUUACGGAUAAGACAAAGCCAAAGAAGAAGAAGUGA